GAGCACUGGCCAAUGGCGAUCCGAGAGUGAAACUUCCGCUGCAGGAACGGGACCGUUCCGUUGUACAAGCUGUUCUGAAAGAGUGCCGCGAUUGUUGAGGUGUUCUAUGAAAUACGUGAUUUCUUCAAAGUUAUUUCAUUCUCGGUAAACAUUUAAGUGCGAUUGGACUUAGUUUGAUUUGUGACCGCUUGAAGGUGUCAAAUGCGCGUCUCGUUGAAAGUAGGUCGCUAGUCAGCGGUUUGCGUUGUCAGCACAGGAAUUUAUUCGUACUAGCUAGCCUAGCUAGCUGCCUAGCCGCCACCUUGCGCGGUCUCCUCUUGUCUUUUUGGUGAGGAAGGUUUGGUCAGUGAUUUUUAAAUCCAUGUCUACGUUCAUUUGAUGUAGCGAGUCUUUCAUAUUCAUCCAAUCUGAAAGGAGAAAAGCUUUCUUGCCUUAGACAAAGCUUGCCCGUUCUGUAAAGGGUUAAGCUAACUACUUGGCUUUGUUAGUGUACCAAAGGAAGAAACGUUUCGAGGCGAAUUCGUAAUAUCUCCAGAAGCAACCAUCAUGAAUGGAUUUAGCACGGAAGAGGACAGCCACGAUGGACCGCCAGCUCCGCCGUUUUACGGUCAAAGCUGCUGCCUGAUUGAGGACGGAGAGCGUUGCGGUCGAUCAGCUGGGAAUGCGUCGUUCAGUAAACGGAUCCAGAAGAGCAUAUCGCAGAAAAAACUGAAGUUGGACAUCGAUAAGAGUGUGCGCCACCUCUAUAUAUGCGACUUCCAUAAGAACUUCAUCCAGAGUGUUCGCAACAAGAGGAAGAGGAAGACCAGCGACGAUGGUGGAGAGUCACCUGACCAUGACGUGGAAGUACCUGAGGUGGACCUGUUCCAGCUGCAGGUGAAUACGUUGAGACGCUACAAGAGACACUACAAACUACAGACCAGGCCUGGUCUCAACAAGGCCCAGCUGGCCGAGACGGUCAGCCGCCACUUCCGGAACAUUCCGGUGAACGAGAAGGAGACAUUGACGUACUUCAUCUACAUGGUGAAGAGCAACAAGAGCAGGCUAGACCAGAAGGCCGACGGCAGCAAACAACUGGACUAGGCACCUCCCGGCUCCGACACACUCCCUCCCUCCCGACCCGACCCCACACGGUUGCCGAGGGGCACAGUUGUUUCCGCGGCGACCAGCCCGCAGUACCUCCCGGGGCCUCUGCGGUUUCGAUGCCGUCGUGUGAAUAUGAUAUCUCGCUAUGUACAGAACACGGGGUGUGUGACUGGUCUGGGAGAGAAUGUGUUGUACGAUACAGAAACUGCCUUAAAGAUGUUUGUGGGUUUGGGUAUCUUUUUUGUUGUUGUUUAGUUUUGUUUCUGUUUGUCUUUUGGUUGGACUGUUAUCAACAUGGAGGAAUGCUUGUGCCAAACCAGAAUGUGUACGUGAGAGAGAGAGAGAGAGAGAGAGAGAGAGAGAGGGAUGGGUAUGGGUGUUUUUUCUUGUUUUGUUGAAUGGAAAGAGGAUUGUCGAAGCAGGGAAGAAUUGUAAAUGUUUUAUGAAGUCCAGCAAAUUGUGCUCCGUUGAGUCCUCUCUUAUCCAGCCGAAUGAAGAAGCACGUUUCGGAACGAGGAUGAUGUAGCAUUUAGUUUCUAAUGCUUUUCUUUCUCUCACACACUCGCACCCCUCCUCGUUAUGUCUUUGUCAGCUGCACACACACACUCACAGUCACACACUUUUCCUUCGCUGGUGUGACGCAGCCGUGGCGAGCUUCCUGGCCUGGUCUUUGCCCCUUUCUUCCGAAACACGCCGACACACGUCUAGUUUGUCCUUGUCACGUGUUGACCACCCUCCUGUGUCCUUUACAUCUUGUUUAUAUUAUGAUUUCAGCGUUUGAGACUCGUUUUUAAAUAGAUGUCAUGUCUAAGGAGUAUAAAACAACAGAUUGGAGCACCAUAUUUAAAAGUCAUUUUCUCCUAGGAAAUGCCAAGUUGCAGCACUAACAUUAGUUAGCCUAAUCCUUUUCUACCAACACGAGUUGUUUGGUCAUUGGACACUAGAACCUUGUGGCUGUAUUUAUCCUGUUUGUGCUUAAAUGUUUUGGGGGGUUUUAUUUCAGAUUGGUUUAUAGUCCUGAGGAAUCAUGUCAGUUGUCACAGCAAUUUUUUUUGAGUAUGUAUAUUCUGGCAGUAUUGGAAUUAUGUUCGUCUGGUUGGCAUGUGACCCAAAGAUGAACUGCAGCGAAGGUCAUUUUGUUGAACCUCCAGUUGAACCUCGUUUGUGUUUAACUGUAUAAUUUUUGUAUUUGUUUAUUAAUUAUUUCGUUUCACUAAGGGUGUGUUCCACAAAGCCCAACACUGACAGUCCUGUAGCAAAAUAAAAGAAGCAAAUUAAAAUUACUGUCAUGUUUUAGUUUUCAACAAACUCCCGUAAUUUAAAAUACUAAAUUAUUUCCUAAUGUUUCAAAAAGUUGCCGAAUGUUAACCAUUCGCCCUACUGUCACGCUGUAGAGCUCGUCAAUGCUCCACUUCCUACAUUUGUGAUAAUGUCGGAUUUGACUGUAUCCUUUUAAAUUGUACCCGUCUUGCCUUAAUCUUUAAGGCUUGUGUUGGAAGUCUCCGGCCAUCGUUCCUACUUAACGGUAUAUUUUUACCAUGUCAGCUAGUCUUUUGUGUUUCGCUUGUAGCUUUCUUAGUGCCAUGUAUAUCUUUUUGUUUUGUUUUUCUCCAUUGUUAACAUAUUGGCUGUGCUGCGUUAAUCUAACUGUUGUAAUAGAUGACAUACACAUAUUUAAAAAUGGCUGCUUAUUGCUCUUAUCAAUAAACAUAUUGUACAUUGUAAA